AUGUCUGAGUCUGAUCAUAGUGACAACAACAACAAAUCCACAAAGUCCUUUGGUCGUAAUUCCGGCAACAUGUUAUCCUCCAAAACCGAGUUUCAUCCAGCCCUUGCUGCUUCCAACAUCAAGAACCAUAUUCCCAUUGUUCUUGAGAUGGAGAAAGACCAAUAUGAUACUUGGGCCAAACUUUUCCGCAUUCAUGACAACCAGAAUGUUAGGGUUGUCACUCUUGAGCAAGAAUUCUCGCACACUCACAUGGAGGAUUUUCCUAAUGUCUCUGUUUACUAUCAGCGUCUUAAAAUGCUCUCUGACAAGUUGAGAUAUAGCAACUCUCUUCCUGCAUUCAAUCAGGCUCGCUCCAUGCUCACCUUGGAAGAAGCUGGUAUGGCAAAAAUGGAACUCACCGACUCUCAUGCUGCCAUACACACAACUGAGUCACAACCUUCUGAAGACACCUCUCAGUGUGGCCAACGACGUUCCGGCAACCGCUCUCGCUUUUGUGGCAACCAGGGUCGUGGAGGGGGACGUGGCAACUAUAGUGCACCUCAAUCUGGAGCUCCCAAUGCCCCGUCACCAUGGUCCACUCCACCUUGGCAGCAACAAUAG